CCCUGUCCCCGCCGCUGGACGCCCUGGGACUCUUAUUCUGACACGCGGCCGCCCGGCUUUGCUUAGUCACCGUGACCUGUGCGCGCUCCCCGGUCCCCCCCUGCGCGCCGCGAUGGAGGCGCCCGAGCCCGGGCCACGAAGGCGGAGCCGGAGCGCGACCAUGGCGGGAUCCCUGCUUGCCAGCAGCAGUGUGCCUGCACUCCAGGCCCCCGAUGCAGUCCAAAGCCAGGCCUAGCGGGGCUGGGGCCCGCACGCGAUUCCUGCCGCUGCCACCGACACAGACGCAGGGCCACCAGGGGCCUGGGGACGCGGGGAUGUUCGCCUCCACCGAGUGCAAAGCCGAGGUGACGCCGUCACCCCACGGCCACCGCACGUUCAGCUACACCCUGGAAGAUCACACCAAACAGGCCUUCGGCAUCAUGAACGAGCUGCGACUCAGCCAGCAACUGUGCGACGUGACCUUGCAGGUGAAGUACCAGGACGCACCGGCCGCCCAGUUCAUGGCGCAUAAGGUGGUGCUGGCCUCGUCCAGCCCCGUCUUCAAGGCCAUGUUCACCAACGGGCUCCGCGAGCAGGGCAUGGAGGUGGUGUCCAUCGAGGGCAUCCACCCCAAGGUCAUGGAGCGGCUCAUCGAAUUCGCCUACACGGCGUCCAUCUCCAUGGGCGAGAAGUGUGUCCUGCAUGUCAUGAACGGGGCGGUCAUGUACCAGAUCGACAGCGUCGUGCGCGCCUGCAGCGACUUUCUAGUGCAGCAGCUGGACCCCAGCAACGCCAUUGGCAUUGCCAACUUCGCCGAACAGAUUGGCUGUGCUGAGCUGCACCAGCGUGCCCGCGAGUACAUCUACAUGCACUUUGGGGAGGUGGCCAAGCAGGAGGAGUUCUUCAACCUGUCGCACUGCCAGCUGGUGACGCUCAUCAGCCGCGACGACCUGAACGUGCGCUGCGAGUCGGAGGUGUUCCACGCGUGCAUCGACUGGGUCAAGUACGACUGCGAGCAGCGGCGCUUCUACGUGCAGGCCCUGCUGCGGGCCGUGCGCUGCCACGCGCUCACGCCGCACUUCCUGCAGCUGCAGCUGCAGAAGUGCGAGAUCCUGCAGUCGGACGCGCGCUGCAAGGACUACCUGGUGCAGAUCUUCCAGGAGCUGACGCUGCACAAGCCCACGCAGGUCAUGCCCUGCCGCGCCCCCAAGGUGGGCCGCCUCAUCUACACGGCCGGCGGCUACUUCCAGCAGUCGCUCAGCUACCUGGAGGCCUACAACCCCAGCGACGGCCAGUGGCUGCGCCUGGCCGACCUGCAGGUGCCCCGCAGCGGCCUGGCGGGCUGCGUGGUCGGGGGGCUGCUCUACGCCGUGGGGGGCCGCAACAACAACCCCGACGGCAACAUGGACUCCAACGCGCUCGACUGCUACAACCCCAUGACCAACCAGUGGUCGCCCUGCGCCCCCAUGAGCGUCCCCCGCAACCGCAUCGGCGUGGGGGUCAUCGACGGCCACAUCUACGCCGUGGGGGGCUCCCACGGCUGCGUCCAUCACAACAGUGUGGAGAGGUACGAGCCGGAGCACGACAAGUGGUACCUGGUGGCGCCGAUGCUGACGCGGAGGAUCGGCGUGGGCGUGGGCGUGCUGAACCGGCUGCUCUACGCCAUCGGGGGCUUCGACGGCACCAACCGCCUCAACUCGGCCGAGUGUUACUACCCGGAGCGCAACGAGUGGCGCAUGAUCACGCCCAUGAACAGCAUCCGGAGUGGGGCAGGGGUCUGCGUCCUGCACAACUGCAUUUACGCCGCGGGGGGCUACGACGGCCAGUACCAGCUCAACAGCGUGGAGCGCUACGACGUGGAGACGGAGACGUGGACCUUCGUGGCCCCCAUGAGGCACCGGCGCAGCGCCUUGGGGAUCACCGUGCACCAGGGCCGGAUCUACGUCCUGGGAGGCUACGACGGUCACACGUUCCUGGACAGCGUGGAGUGCUACGACCCUGACAUGGACACAUGGACCGAGGUGACACGCAUGACUUCAGGCCGCAGUGGGGUGGGUGCCGCGGUCACCAUGGAGCCUUGUCGAAAGCAGAUCGACCAGCAGAGCUGCACCUGCUGAGCCAUCCUGACACCCCCACGCUCAGGGGCCUAUGGAGACCAUUUUUGUACCCCAAAAGCCAGAGACAGAAUCCUGCUCUGCACGCCAGGAGGCUGCGAAUCCUCAGUGUUAGGACAGCUGGAGAGAAAAGGAUGAGGGGACCCCACUACGUGUUCCCCAAAUUCUAUGUAAGCAGUCACGGCUUCCCUUGCCUUGAGGUACCAGUGGGGGCCGUGCUCAGGCUGGUUGAGCGAUUGGAUCGUGGAGGCCCAGAAGUGUGGAUGGGGCCCCAGGAUUGGGCCAGUAUCCAGAGACUGCGGGACCUCACCCCAGGACUGACAUUUUGUUAAUAAGUAGCCCUGUAACUUUCCAUUGAAAAUAAAGAACAAACUAACAA